UGUGGCUGAGGCUGUGGCUGUGGCUGUCACCGUCACCGUCACCGCCUCCUGCGCGGGGCCUGAGGGCGGUCGGACCCGCCAUGGGGCAGUGCCUGCCCUGCAUGGGGGGCGCCGUCAAGGACGUGGUGGAGACGCCCGAUCCGGAAGURAAAAGAAGACAACUAGCAGAAGCUGCUGAAAAGAGGCAGAUGGAGGCUUCCUCUCGAGGUAUUAAGAAUGUAUACUCUGUMGAGCAGAAGAAAAAGAAACAGGAAGAAAUGGAAAAAAGGAUGGCAGCUGAACGUCCUGGAGGAGAAGGAGGACUGAGAUGGCAGGUUGGAUAACACGUGACUUUUGGAGAGAAGAUGGUUGAUGUUUACUGCCAAAAACUUGCCAGUUUGUGCAGCAGAGUGGCACUUACUCAUCCUGUGGCUUUGCUGUUUACAUCUGAAGACUCAGCAGUACUUUGCCAUUGUGGGACAACAGAGGUGGAAACAUUCAUAAGAAACUUAAGAAUUAACUCUGAACACUAAGGUUUUGCCAAUUUUGUUUGUUUGUUUUCCAUGCAUGUUUUAUUGCUUCCCUGUCAAGAYUUCCUGUCAGCUGGAAGUGGCCUCCUUACCUGUAGUCAGUCAGUAUGUCUGUCCUGUCUGGUCAGUUGAUGUCUGUCUGUCUGUGUAAGACUGGCCUAAGCAAGCUCAGGUGCCCACAUGUUGGUUUUGAUGCUUAUUUCAAGCUCUACAAUUAAACUUUUCUCUAAGUCCUCAUGUAGAUAGUUGUUCAUAAAUAUAUAUAUUUGAAUAUGCAGGUGAUAGCAUUUCUCUUCUGUUUCCUAAUGACUUUUGAACUGCUUAGGAAUUUAGUGCCUUUUUCAAAAGAAGAAAAGUCGAUUCAUGGUGGGUCCUUACAAAAUAGAAUCAUUUUGUGACUAGCCAAAAAAUAAAUAAAUAGAAGCCUUUAUAAAUCCUGUAUUCUUAGAUCAAGAAUGGUGUUUUAUUAUGUGUCUAAUAAUUGUUCUUAUUUUCUCAUGUGGAUUUCUUUUGGGUCUGUAAGUAUUUAUAAUGAACACUGAAAGUUAAACAUGAAAUUAAAAAUCCUGUUAUUAGUUGUCCUCCUUUAUUACCACGAGAGGGCAAUGCUGCCAUUCUCAGGAUUUUGAAAAACAGGAAAAAGUUACUACGUUAAAAGUUUCUGUAUUAUCUGUUUAGGUGGACUACCUGCUGUGCAGAAACAUUUCUUUUCCCCAGAGGGCAUUAUGCCCAUUUAUGCAUGGGCUGUGUACCACACUGUGGUCCCAUUUCUGACCUGGUCAAGACUAUGAAGGCCUUUUUAUUUUUUCACCCCUUGACCU